GAUUGUUUACCUGUCGACACAGACCUUCACUCUCAUCUGUCUGUUCAUGUUGAAUGGGAUUGAGGGCUAUUCGAUCCAUUUGACAAAGCAAGUAAGAGUCAAUGGGAACAUGGUGGCGGGCGGAGGGUUUAAGCAAGCAAGAGUCUUUGAAAUAGAUUUUCCGGCCCCAGGACGAAGGGGGUUUAAUGUGGUGGCGGAGGGGAAUCCAAUGCCGUCUGUGGUGGCUGCACUGAUGAAUUGGGUACCUGCCACCUGGGGUUGGGUUAACCCCAGACGCUGGGGAGUGUUUGAGCUGGGAUUCUUUUCCCCUGGGAAUUCAGCCAUUUACUACCUAGGAAUCUGGUAUAAGAAAGUCGAGCGGCAAACUGUUGUAUGGGUGGGAAACCGAGACUAUUCAUUUUUCACUUCUUCUGCAGCUCUCACAGUUAGUGAUGAUGGUAACCUUGUGAUUUUGGACAGCAAGAUAUCUUACAGGGUGACAAAUAUAUCACUGUAUAAGAAUGUGAGUGCUACACUUUUGGACACUGGAAAUCUUGUUCUGAGAGAUGAAAACUUGAAUAUUUUAUGGCAGAGCUUUGACUUCCCUUCUGAUACCUUCUUGCCUGGAAUGAAGCUUGGGUAUGAUAAAAGUUCAGGAAGAAAUUGGUCAUAUAUGUCAUGGGAAAGUUCUGAAGAUCCUAGUCCGGGAAAUUUCACCUUGGUGUUGGAUGCAGAGAAAAGUUCGAUGAUGAUCAUGAAUGGUCUGGAACUUUAUUGGACGUCUGGGCCUUGGAAUGGCCAGAUUUUUAGCUUGGUUCCUGAAAUGAAGUAUAACUACUUUGCUAAUUUCACCUAUGUUUCUGAUGGGCAAAGGACUUAUGUCACCUAUGAUCCCUAUGAUAAAAGUCUUAUUUCUAGAUAUGUAAUGGAAAUAUCAGGCCAAUUGGAACAAUUCAUGUGGCUAGAAAGUUCAAAACAAUGGAAUCUCUUCUGGCCGCAACCACAUCAACAGUGCGAAGUUUAUGCUUUUUGUGGGUCAUUUGGGAUCUGCAAUGAGGAGUCUUUACCAUUUUGUAAUUGCUUGCCUGGAUUCGAACCAUACUCUCAAGAGCAAUGGAAUAAAGCAGAUUAUUCUGGAGGGUGUACUAGGAAAACUGAUUUGCAAUGUGGCAAUAACAACAAUUCCAAGGGUCUAGGAGAUGGAUUUAAAAUGCUUCCCGAAGUGAGACUGCCAGAGAGUCCAAUGGCUGUAGCAGUUCAGAGCAUCGAUGCCUGCCAGUCAUCUUGCUUGAAUAACUGCUCAUGUAUUGCUUAUUCUUAUUUCGGGGGUAAUUGUACAGUCUGGGGCAAGGAUCUUAAUUUAAUAAAUAUGCAAAAACUGUCAGAUACAGAUGCGAGUGGAAUCGAUUUUUAUCUCAAACUUGCUGGUGCUGAUUUGGUUACUGAAAGUAAGAGUCCUAAAAGAAGUCUCUUUUCACAGUUAGCUUAUUGAGGUACAUUUUGAAAUAUACUUUUCACAAACUA